AUGGAAUCGCAAUUUCAUGAAACUAAAAUUCAAUUACAUGCAUUGAAAAUUCUCAUAUCAUUGACUUUUCACAACGACGGCAAAAGACUACUGGAAAAUAAUCAUGAUUUUCUUGAUCACUUACGAGUAAUCAUCGAAUCGUCGAAGUUGAUGGAUUUUCAAAAUAUUGCUGAUGGAAUUCUAUGGAGAUUAUCUUCGAAAGAUGAGAAAACAGAAUCAAAAUAUCAAUAUGAUAUGAUGAUUUCCUAUGCGCACAAAGAUAAGGAUAUUUGCCAUCAAAUUCAUAAAUCUCUUAUCAAUGAUAAUUAUCGCGUUUGGAUUGAUCUUGAACGUAUGCAUGGAAUUAUCAUGGAAGCGAUUGCUAAUGCUAUUGAACAAUCACGUUGUGUUCUCAUUUGUAUGAGUGAUACUUAUUCGCAUAGUCCUUAUUGCCAAAGUGAAGCACAGUAUGCAUUCGAAAAGCGACGUCUCUUGAUCCCAUUGAAAGUACAGGAUGGUUUCAAGCCACAAGGAUGGUUGGCAUUUACAAUAUCUGGUCGAAUGUAUGUUGAUUUCAUUAAAAUGGAUUUUCAAACCGCUUAUCAGCAGCUUCGAUCACAGUUUUAUCAAAAUCAAAUCGACAAGAAGAAUGUUUCUUCUAAACCAGCGAAAUCCUAUCUAACAGAAGAACCAAAAGAGAAGGAGCAGAUUAUUGUCUAUUCGUAUCCUAAAGAUAUACAUCAAUGGAGUGCAGUACAUGUUCCGAAUUUUCUGCUCGACAAACACUUGAGUCAGAUGAUACCGAUAUGUCAAGAAAUGGAUGGAAGAAGAUUGAUGGAACUGUACGAAUUAUGCUCAAAGAAUUCUCCAUUGAUGUUGCAGACACUCCGCUGUGAAACCACGGAAUUACAUGUCCUACCAUCAUCUAUUAAUAUCUACUUGAAAUUUUUGUAUGAAAUGAAGAAACUGAAACCUGACCCUACAAGCGAUAAUCAAGUGGUAUCUCCGUCCAAAGUGUGCACCCUGAUACGAGUGAUGCAACUCGUGAAAGAAUGA